GGCCAGUAGCAAUUCUUCAACCUCUACGACUAGUCAAAAUGAAACAUUCGAUGAGACUUGCAUUGAUAGUGCUUGGAAAAAGUGUUUAUCGGUGCUCCUUGGAGAAAAUAUUGAAACGUCAGAUCUUCAAGAGAUCAUAAAGACCGCAGAUCAUGCAAUUUUUAUAACUCCUUUGAGUCUUGAACCUGUUAUCCUAAAUUUAAAGAAAUGUACUUGUGUGGAUGAAUGUGAAAUACCCAACCUUAUUCCACAAAAUUCUAUAGGUGUUGAACUAAAAAUAACGACAAAUUCACCGGAAACUUUAUUAUUUGUUGAAGAAGCUUUGCUAGGGCGACUUGACGACUUUUCUAACACAACUGAUUCUGCUGACAAGAUAGGUGUUGGUGAGGCCGUCCGACCUACACUAUCUCAAAAAGUCAAAGAACAAUUGAUAAACCUUAAAACAGAUCGUGAUUCAUUAAUAGGACUACAUGGACGACAUGAAAAUAAUGAAGAUGGGGUAACUUGGGAUGAUUUUGUUGAAGUUUCUAAGCAGACUGAAUCCAGAACCGUAGAAGUUGUGAGUUCUGUUAGAAACGAGAUGAACAAUAUGUGGUUAAAUGGUGUCGUCGAAUUAUAG